CGGCAUUGUGCGCCACUGAGUCGCAUUAUGCUCUGUAAUUAGAAAACUACCUUAGUGGCGUUAUAAUAAAGGAGUAGUGGAUCACUAUUUAGCUCGGUGAUUAUCACUUCCAUCUGUCAAAAGCAGUUAGCGAAUAAACUGUCCGUUGUACGAACAAUCCAGUCACGAUCGAACUUGUCGCAUACGACCGAAGUCCGUGCGACCGUUGUAACGUGUAUGGCCCCCUCUUACUUAGUUUAGCUGUGUAAGGCAAAUUGUAAUCUGUGAACAAAAUUUUGGUCAUCUUUCUGUUUUCUAAAUGUUAACCAAAUUAAUCAAUAUUUCAAAUUCAAAGUGGAGAAAAUAUUACGUAUUUCAGAAGAAUGUGUAGCUAGGCACAAUGUCUUGCUUAAAUGAACCUGUUUUAAAUAUUAUUGUUGUAGGGUUCCAUCAUAAAAAAGGAUGUCAGGUGGAACAUUGCUAUCCAGAGCUGGUAGUUGGUCGACCUACAGAGUUGCCAUCAGCUUGGAGACACCUACCAGCGUUAGCGCUUCCAGAUGGGUCACACAACUAUUUAUCAGACACGAUUUAUUUCAACUUGCCCGGCUUGACUGAACCGUCUCACACUGUAUAUGGGAUUUCAUGUUUUCGACAAAUACCUGUGGAGCAAGUGGUUCAGAAAACUGAUGACAUGACUCGAAGCUCAGUGCAGAAAAGUGUUUGUGUGAUUUGUCGAGCACCUUUGUUCGGGAGGUUGGCUGUCAAAUUGGAACUUGUUGUGCGUGCUUGGUUCUUACAAGGGGAUUUUUCACAAACAAAGCUAUUGGAAGAUGCUUAUAAGCAUCUCAACAGUUGUCCUGUACUAGUAGACCAAUUGCUUGAAGGUCUCUCAGUGCAGCGAUUAUUAGAAAAUUGGAGGCAUAAAGCACUACUCCUAUUUAAAUUACUACUGCUCAGACGGAAAGUACUUAUAUAUGGAUCUCCAGCAGGGGCAUUAUCCUCAGCUUUAUUAUCACUUCUUACAUUGCUGCCCCGAUGUUUAGAAUAUGGAUUGACACAUGCUGCUAAUGUUGUCUUAUCAAGACCAUUAUCUCCAAUACAAAAUUAUGAAACUCAAAAUAAUGAUAAUGUUGAUAGUGCUACAGAAGUAUCAGAUGACUCUUUUAUUAACGGAACUAGCCAAAUUGAGGAAUUGUCACCAAAGGAAACGGGUAACCUGAUGGAGGAAAAAGAUAGAGUUAGCAGGCAAAGUUUUGAUGAUGCAAUCCUGACAGAUAUUGUUGACAGACAAGACCUUUCAGCUGCUAGGGAAAAAUGCCAUAGUAUUGGUGAAAAAUAUAAACCACACAAAGCUAUAAUAGAAGCUCAACAAAGUCCUACAAUGGCCAGGGAUAUGAGUGUUGAUGGUCUAUAUAAUUUAACAGGCCAGAUAGAUCAAGCGGAGUGUGGCUUCCCACUAAAACUCUUUGAGGAGGGUUAUUUGUGUUUACCCUAUUUAUCACUUCAGUAUCUAGACCUUUUAUCAGACCCUGCGGUUCAAGGAUUUGUAGUUGGUGCAUCUAAUGUACUUUUCAAGCAAAAAAGGCAAUUGUUUGAUGUUCUUGUUGAAUUGAAUGAGAUGAGGAUAGAAACCUCUGAUAUUGCAUUAAGGAGGCAAUUGGCUCUUGGCACUGAGGAUCUCCGAUUUGCAGACCAUGUUGUACGCCAUGGUUCUACCCAGGGUGAUGCUUGGAUCAGGGAUCAAUUUUCUAGUUACUUAAUUUAUCUUUUAAGGACUUCUUUACUAUCAGAAGGCAGUAGAGAGAUAGACUCUUAUAAUGCGCAAUUUAUGGCAGCUUUUAAAACUACACCAGCAUACCAACACUGGUUAAAAACAACAAAUAAUGGUGAUAUUGAAGCUUUUACCAAUCUUGUCCCUGCACAUCCUUUUUCUGGACAAUUGUCUGUAGCUGAUAUGAAACUGAAGUUAGCACAUACGAUGUCCACAACGGAGGGCGGUAGGAAAGUGACAGCUGCAGUGGCCAGUACGGGGCGGGCGGUCGCGACGACUUCGCGUGCCGUCGGAGGCGCGCUGUCGCAAGCACGUGGCGCUCUCUCGGGCUGGUGGAGCGCCCUCACAGCGCCACCGCCAUCUGCCGACGAAGCCCCGCAACCCACUGACGACGUCCUACCUUCCGACGCUGAGGAAGCGGUCGAUGAACCCGACCACGACGACAACAGACUUCGCCGCGACCCCCCGGAUAAGGCGAUAGAGGACACCUCCAACAACAUAAGCAACAUUAAAGUGGUAUAACCUCUGAACACAGCGCCUCUGUGCCCAUAAGUGAUUUACAACUAAAUGCAAUGAAACCAUAGAGAUAUAUGAAUAGAGUGGGGAAGGUGGCUGUAAAAGUGUCCGUCUAGUAGAAAGAGAAGGAAGAUGAGUGACAGCUCUCUUGUGACACAUGGCAUCCAAUGGUAUCACAUCGAAAUAGUAAGAUGCUUACGGUUGCCGAUGCGCAUGCGCGAUUAGAGAGAGAAAGCUAGCGGUCUCUUAUCUUCUUUCUCUUUCUAUUAGAGAGACACUUCCACUUCUAGUAGAGUCUAUAUCUCCCCUACUCUAUUCUUAUACCUCUAUGAAUGAAACACGUUCUUUAUCGCGUCUAACUGUCAAACUUUAAUUUGACAAUUGAGCACGAUAGAAACGAGCUGUGUAUCAUAUCGUGUUACUAAUGCCAGGGGGCUGGUUUUGUUAGUUUUCGAAAACUAUAAUUGUCUCCUUUCGUAGCUUAGCGCGCUAAGGGCGCUGUUGUCAAAUAUAAUGUGGAAAAAAAGGUAAUUAUAGUUUUCAGUUACCACAAAAACUUGUAGGAGAUUUUCAUUUCUUAACUUGAAUAUGCAGUUGAAGAUUCAUCCAAAAUAUUGAAUGUUUGGGUGGACAAGUUUUUUUUUUAAGUAAAUAAUAUUCCUUUUGAGUUCUGUUGCAAUUUCACCAGAUGGGACCCCUAACUGACCAAUACGUGGUCAGCAGAGGUAGGUUUUUAAAAUUUGUAAUAAUAAACGUUAGGAACAUUCAGUACUUGUGACUCCUGAUCCGGGAGCAUCUGGUAAAAUGCCAGAGGCCCGUCUUGCUAUUGCAUCUUCAUUAUUAGUAGGCAAUGAAUAUAUAAAGUUCGUUUUAAUUAGCUCAUAUUAUUGCUGAAAGACAUCUUUUUGUUCAGCUCCCUUGUAAGCAGGUCGAACCGAACCUCGUUCAACUGCUGAUGUAACAUUUGCUGUGACUUCUGCCUGCAUUGAAUCUCUGUUUGAAAUUGUUGUUCAUGAAAUAACAUGCUCUUAAUAUUAUAUCUUUAAAAAGAAAUGAAGUUUAAAAGGAGACUACCCAAAAUCCUCACCUUUGUCUCUAGCUUAUAAAUGUAUAUUUGGUUCUUAAGGCUGGGAGACAGUUCUGUAGAUAUUUGUUUUAUUAUCAUUUUUCUUGCAAGAUCUUGGCUCAUGGGGCAUCUACAAGUGAAUGUUAUGAUUAAAUUGUAAUAUAGAAAAGUAAGAUUAUAAUGAUUGUUGUAAAAUGAGCUGGACUUGCUAACAGAGGUUGGGCAUAGCGGAUUUUCGUGUGUUGUCUGGUGAAGCAAGUAGAAUAUAACCUACAUAUAUCGCAGUCAGGGCCGGAUUUAAGGCAGGGCAGGCGGGACUGUGGCGCAGGGGCCCGCACAAGAUAGGGGGCCCCCACAACACAGAUUAAAGUAUUAAAUUUUUAUGAGCCACUAGAUUUAGGGGCCUCAAAAAGUCUUAACACAGAUAAAAGUGAUGGGUAGUGACCCAUCAACAUUUAUUACUUUUACUUGUGUUAAGUGUUAAAAUCGAGUAAGAUUUAGGGACCUCCAAAACUCUUAACACAGAUAAAUAAUAAUAAUCAAUGUCGAUGGGUCACUAGAUUUAGGGGCCUCCACACCUCUUAAUCUAGCCCUGAUAGCAGUGAAAUCACUACCUUUUUGUUAGUGUUAUGUUUCUGUCAAUGAGAAUACAGAGCAUCAGAUCCUGUAGGAAAUUCAUUAUGAAUAUUCAUUUCUGACAUAACUUAUUCUUGAAAUCGAAUUUGACAAAGGCAUUGUACAUAGGUAUUUAUAUGUAUAUAGUAAUGGUUUGCAAGCUUGUUUCCUGUGGUAUUAAUGUAGUCAUUGAGAUUAAUUUAUUAUGAUAAUAUUAGCUGUAGCAAAUUAUUAAGAUCCGUUAAACCAUAAGGCAACAAAUUAAUACAAAUUUCGAAUACUACGCUAAAUAAUGUUACACCAUUUAACUUGUCGACAAUAUACUUAUUAUUUUAAUAUUAUAAGUUGUAAAUAAAAUGUGACGUGAAGUGCUUCUAGUAAGUAGGUAUGGAGUGUAUCUACAUUUAUUUCUUUGGGCAUCAUUACUUACAUUUAUAGUUUUUUAUUCCAUCAUUAUUACUAAAGAGGCUAACUUUGGGUUGCGUUUACAGGCACGAUAGUGAAUAUUUUUUUACAUAUUUAAUUUUUUGUUCUUGUUUUAUAAUAUUGGAAUACUUUAUAUAUUUUAUUUAUUUAUGGUUUUUGUUAUAAGUUGCUUAUUGAACUGGAUCUUAUUCAGUUUUUAAGUUAAUAAACAUGUACACUUUGUCAGUGGCAGAUAAAUUAACGAUGCUGGAAUAUUGCAGUUUAAAUGUAUCUAUAUAAUUAAAAAGUAGAUAAAUAGUCUAGUCUAGACUAUGAUACACUUUGUGAUCUCUAAACCAUUGUUGUUGAUUAUUAAUAUAGAGUACUAGCUCUGAAAAUGAAUGAGUCUUCAUGAAGUUAAGGCAUAUUUUUUUUACUUGACAUUAUGUCAAAAUGCUCUCUGAAAAUGUAUCUAUAACGAUGAUCUAAAAAAAAAUAAUAGGAGCAUUACAUUAUGUAUAAUAUUAUGAUAUUUUCAUUGAACGGGGUUAAUUCAUAAUGUAAUGUGAUAAAAUGUUUUGUAGUGAAGUAGGAGUUUCAUUAUGUUAUGCAUAUUUUUUAUAUCUGUGAUUUUCUUUACAAAUAUUUUAUAUUUCAUAAGAAUAUAGUAUUUUAUUCAUUCAUUUUAUUUCAAGAAAAUCUUAUGAAUCAUAAAUCGUACAAUGAUGGUAGUAACCAAAUCAAACCAUGUUAUACAGAAUUAUUAAUAGUUUUUCUAAGCCAUUCCCCAAUACUUAUGUCUAUUCGUAAUGAUUACUAUGAGUACCUAUACAGAGUAGAAUGUAUAUGGAUUUUCAAAGCAUUCUUCCUCUAUAUUUUGAAGAAUAAAUAAAUAUUGUGUGUAAUAAAUGAUAACAAGUUAUUGGUGCCAAUUCUGGCGUGAUUCUCUAAACUUAAAACUAAAUUUAACAUCAGUCUCUCCUUUUCAUUCUGUAUAGAGAAUGACAAGGAUAUACUGGUGUCGAUUCUGACGUGAUUCUCUAAACUUAAAACUAAAUUUAACAUCAGUCUCUCCUUUUCAGUCUGUAUAGCGAAUGACAAGGAUACACUGCUGUCAAAAUAAAGUUUAGGUUUAGAGAAUCAUGCUAGAAUCGACACCACUGCUGUCAAAUUUAAGUUUAGGUUUAGAGAAACAUGCUAGAAUCGACACCAUUGCAUACCUAUUUAUUUCACUAUUAUGAUUGUAAACGUUAUUUAUAUUAAAGUCAUUUGAGAAUCUUAUUCUUGUUUUGGUUGUCUUCCUUUUAUUAUUUAUUUAUUUAAGUAUUACAAUGUAUAACUGCCAACCAAGGAAUUUAAAUUCUAUCUGGAAUGCUUACGAAACAAUAUAAGUACCUACCCUUAGUAUGAGUUUUUUUAAUACGAAACGAACGAUCGUCUUCGUCGAUGCGAUCAAACUUAACGUUUUUGAAUUGUGUGUAUCGCAGUCGCAGUACGAGUAUAGCACUACACUCCUCGUUUUCACGAUAUCGUAUGCUCGAUGACUCGAUCAUACGAACUUCACACUGUUUAGUUUUGUCUUUUUCCUUCUUUAUUGCCAAAAAAGAGAUAGCUGAGCCAUUCUAUAAUUUUAACUUUUUUUAAAGAUUCUCCCUUUUUAUGGAAGGCAAAGGGAACAAUGCCCAUACAACCAAAACUUUUCACAUUAGAAUGUCGGUGUGACGCAUUGUAAUGUUUUUUGGAAUGUUUGACACGAAAUGUAUCGAGUUGGUUUUUCAAUAAGCUUCUGUGAGGUAGCUAACAUACAAUAAAAUUCUCACAUCCGACGUUCUUGACCGGAAUAGAGUAUAUUUUAAAGAUUCCACUAAU